AUGAACUCCAUCUUGUCAAGCGUUCUUCCUGCUCCCGAAGAUCCCAUUCUCAGUGUAUAUUAUGCUUGCAGAGAUGAUCCUAGUCCGGUUAAAUUGAAUUUGACCGCAGGUACCUAUCAAUCUGAGGAAGGAAAGCCCCAUGUUCUUGAAGUGGUGAGAAGAGCAGAACAACAAUUAGCGAACGACUUGUCCUGGAACAAGGAAUAUCUUCCACUUAAUGGACUUGCUGAUUUUAACAAAUUGAGCGCCAAGCUAAUCUUAGGUGAUGAUAGUCUUGCGGUGAAAGAGAACAGAGUUGUUACAUUCCAGUGUUUGUCUGGUACUGGUUCUUUGAGAGUUGGAGCUGAGUUUCUAGCACAACACCACCAACAACGUGUCAUUUUUGUUCCAAACCCAACUUGGGGGAACCAUCCCAAUAUUUUCAAUAUGGCGGGUUUGUCUGUUGAACAUUACCGUUACUAUGACCCGGAAACCCGUGGACUCGACUUCAAAGGCCUGCUCGAGGAUCUUGGCGCUGCACCGUCUGGUGCUAUAGUUGUAUUACAAGCUUGUGCGCAUAACCCCACAGGAGUUGACCCGACAUUCGAACAAUGGGAAAAGAUUCGAAAAAUAGUGAGAUCUAAAAGUUUAUUACCCUUCUUUGAUAAUGCAUAUCAGGGUUUUGCUAGUGGCGACAUUGACUCAGAUGCACAAGCGGUUCGUAUGUUUGUUGCUGAUGGAGAUGAAUGUUUGAUAGCUUUAAGUUAUGGCAAAAAUAUGGGUCUUUAUGGUGAGCGUGUUGGCUCUCUUACCAUUGUAUGCAAGUCAGAAGAUGUGGCUAAGAAAGUUGAGAGCCAAGUGUUGCUUGUUGUGAGGGCUAUGUAUCUUACUCCACCUAUUCAUGGAGCAGCCAUUGUAACCACAAUUCUUAAAAACAGUGAUAUGUACAAGGAUUGGACCAUUGAGCUGAAAGGAAUGGUUGACCGUAUACUUAGCAUGCGUCAAGAGUUAUAUGAAGCUUUACAAGCUAGAGGCACACCUGGUGAUUGGAGUCACAUUAUCAAACAGAUUGGGAUGUUUAGUUUUACCGGACUGAAUGAGAAGCAAGUUCGGUUGAUGGCCAAAGAGCAUCACAUUUACAUGACCUAUGAUGGGAGGAUAAGCAUUGGAGGUCUAAGUUCCAAGACAGUUCCUCGACUCGCUGAUGCCAUCCAUGCUGUAGUUACCCGAAUCGCUUAA